GAUCCGGGACCCCCUUCUCCACUUCUCAUCUCAGGCUCUGCCUUUGCACCUGGCCGCCCGCAGCGCCUCGCGUCUUAAUUUUUAAAAAAAGUAUAUUUCACGCUUUCAGUUGGCUUGAGUCUCUCCAAAACUCACCCUAACCUGGAAGAGCGAAGGGCCCGGAAAACACCAGUGGCUUCCCUUUCGCAUGUCGGCCAAAACCAUAAUUAUUACCCUGUUUCCCCGAAAAUAAGACGUGCCCUGAAAAUAAGACCUAGUAGAGGUUUUGCUGAAUUUCUAAAUAUAAGGCCUCCCCCGCAAGUAAGACCUAGCAAAGUUUUUGUUUGGAACCAUGCCCGCCUAACAACAUCAGAGCAUGCAGGAUCGUUAAAUGCUACCUCUUGAAAAAUUUCAGACAUGACUAAAAGAGAAGCAGAAGAGCUAAUAGAAAUUGAAAUAGAUGGAACUGAGAAACAAGAGUGCACUGAAGAAAGCAUUGUUGAGCAAACAUAUACCACGGUAGAAUUUGUGAGUCAGGCGAUUGAUAUCAAUGAGCCAGUUGGAAAUCUUAAGAAACUACUGGAACCAAGACUUCAGUGUUCUUUGGAAGCACAUGAAAUCUGCCUGCAAGAUAUACAGUUGGAUCCAGAUCGCAGUCUUUUUGAUCAAGGUGUCAAAACAGAUGGAACAGUGCAGCUUAGUGUCCAAGUAAUAUCGAGGCAAGGAAUAGAACCAAAGUUAAACAUCCUUGAAAUUGUAAAGCCAGUCGAGACAGUUGAGGUGGUGAUUGACCCAGAUGCCCACCAUACUGAGACUGAGGCACAUCUUGUUGAAGAAGCUCAAGUGAUAACACUAGAUGGGACGAAACAUAUAACCACCAUAUCUGAUGAAACAUCUGAACAAGUAACCCGGUGGGCGGCAGCAUUAGAAGGCUAUCGUAAAGAACAGGAGCGCUUAGGAAUACCAUAUGACCCAGUACAGUGGUCCACUGAUCAGGUACUACACUGGGUAGUAUGGGUGAUGAAGGAAUUCAGCAUGACUGACAUAGACCUCAAUACUCUUAGUAUUCCUGGGAGAGAAUUGUGCAGCCUCAGUCAAGAGGACUUCUUUCAGAGAGUCCCUCGGGGAGAAAUCCUUUGGAGCCACCUUGAACUUCUUCGAAAAUAUGUGUUGGCUAGUCAAGAACAUUCUGGAGAAAUAGCAACAGUUACUAUUGAUCAACCUGUGCAGAUUAUACCAGCUUCUGUACAGCCUUCUACUCCAACCACCAUUAAAGUCAUAAACAGUAAUGCAAAAGCAGCAAAAGUGCAGAGAGCACCAAGGAUUUCAGGAGAAGAUAGAAGUUCACCUGGUAACAGAACAGGAAAUAAUGGCCAGAUCCAGCUAUGGCAGUUCUUGCUUGAGCUUCUGACUGACAAAGAUGCUCGAGAUUGCAUUUCAUGGGUUGGUGAUGAAGGAGAAUUCAAACUAAAUCAACCGGAGUUGGUUGCACAGAAAUGGGGUCAACGUAAAAAUAAGCCUACCAUGAACUAUGAGAAACUUAGUCGAGCUUUACGGUAUUACUAUGAUGGGGACAUGAUCUGCAAAGUCCAAGGCAAGAGGUUUGUGUACAAGUUUGUCUGUGACUUGAAGACUCUCAUUGGGUACAGUGCAGCAGAGCUGAACCGGUUGGUCACAGAGUGUGAGCAAAAGAAACUGGCAAAGAUGCAACUUCAUGGCAUUGCACAGCCUGUCACAGCAGUUGCGUUAGCUACAGCAUCUCUACAGACAGAAAAAGAUAACUAAAUACCUGGACCAAAAGCUUGGACGCAUGAGGCCUUUAUUGUAUACUGAGCAGUUUCUGGUCUUAAAAUAGGAGCUUCUUUUAUUCCUUGGCAGUUCGAUAUGCAUGGUUUUUCUACAGAGAAUUGAGACUUCGAUAAAUUGGGAUCUUUUUCACUUAAAGGUAUAUAUUUCAUGUUUAUUGAUGGCACUCCACAGACAAGAAUUGGCAGGAAGAACCCAAAUUUGUUGGUGAUAUAUUAUGCCCUACUGAUGCCUCCCGCAGCAUUUUAGGAAACUGAAGUGUUGUCAAAACAAAGCAAUCACUAUUUGAGUUUAGUUCUUUGCAUUUCUCUUCUUCAGCCACCAGACUGAAGGUAAUACAUUUCCAGAGAGGAAGUAGCUCCUGCUUGGUAGGCUCAUUAUUAUGUAAACAUGCCAAGCUGUAAGGAACACUGAGAAGUACCGGGCCCCUCAGGUAAUGUUUCUUUUCAUUAGCAAAAGAAGUGUAAUAUAACCAGAAUCGAAAGGUAUCCAAUGAGGCCAAAACUAAUUAUGAGUAUUUUGAUAUAAAAUGUAGAUAAUGCACAUAUUUGUGAGAAAGAGCUUAAUUAUCUUGAGACAUCUUGCAAAGUUUAAUGUCUGGCAAAAAAAAAAAAUAUUUUUCCUGUUAGGAGAUGCUAUUUCUCUUCCAAAGAAUUGGUUUGGUUUGUCUUAAUUUACACUGCAGAGUAUAUCAUCUUAUUUUGCAUAUACUUGCACUGUAGCUGAAUAUGAACUGAAGACUUAUGUUAAUCACAGACAGAAGUCCCUUCCUGUUUGGAAGCAAAGCAUAAUUUGUGGGUAAACUGGUAAGAAAUGGAAGUUUGACUUCCUUAUGUUAUAUAGACUACCGUAUUAAAAUAAAAAGGCAGUUUCUUUCUUUAAAUUACUUGGUUUCCAAGCUGUUGUUUUGGUGCUUUGGAAAUAAAAGGGUGUAUUAUUAUUACUCAGAGUAAACAAAAUGUAAUUCAGUGAUUUGGUAAUAUUUGAGGAAGUGAUAAACAUUUUAAAUCUAGAUACAGUAAUACUAGUGCUUUGUUUAUUCCUGCAUAUUCUUUGUUACGGUCUUUUAAUCACCUUAUAAAACUUGGAAAAUACA